CUUCUGCAAAGCUUCUAUUCCCUCUUACCCCGCCUAUUUGCCUUAAGUCUCCCGCUAUGCCACGGGGGUGGGACCUUCCUCUGUUGCCUGGAUACCUGCUGAUGUCAAGAGCCCAGACUUCUUCAUUCCGACACCCUUUAUAUACCCAGCACCUCCUCUGAAUAAAUGAGACUUGCUCAGAACUUGUCUUGGCCCCAUUCUUUGUGUCUCCUGUCCCUUCUUAUCCCCACUCCCCCUCUAGGGUCUCUGUUGACUCACCCGCAGGUCUGGACAAGUGGUGCCCAAAGUGGCUCAAGAACGGGGGAUUUGUGAGGGACUCCCAUUCAUAAAGCACGCAAAAGUUAAGAUAGAGGAUCGGUCAACGCGGGAACCUGCUGCGUUUUCCAGGCCUUGAUCAUGAAAUUAAAGUCCUGGAUCCUGCCACUGGGAAUAUUGCUGAUUCUGCCAUGGUUCUCAAGAGGUGGUCUAGAAGCUCCAAAAAACCUAGAUGAAUUACUACAAAACAUGUUUGGCCCUCCGUGUGAGUGUCGUAGAGGUAACCGUAAGACCAAACCUACCACAUUCGCCCAGUCCACUGAUUGUGGCAACAAAAUAGCCUUCCUUACGUAUACAUCCAGGAUAGGAGGAGGCUACUCCCAGGGUUGGGAAUGCUAUAACAAACCCCAUAUAAUACCAAAUAUUAAUGGCCAACCAGGAUCAUGCCCUACAGGAUGCCCAUACAAAGCAGAAAUGCAUUCUUCUUGUUAUGAUUCUGUACAAGAAUGCACGGGUAAGGAUAAUAAAACUUACUUUACUGCCAUAUUACAGAAAACUGCCUCUGGCACCUUUGGGGGCGAUUGGUCCACCACUCCACAAGUCCUUGGGUCAUCCAAGUAUGCCCAGGCCUCAUGUGAAGGCACCCCUGGAUACCCAGUCUGCUGGAAUAGAAUUGCCCCGUUACAUGUUUCUGAUGGCGGUGGGCCCCAAGACACUAUUAGAGAACUACAGGUACAAAAACGUAUGGAACAGAUUAUAGAACAAAUGUUCCCUGAGAUAAAUUAUCGUCCCCCAGCACUCCCCAAGUCUCGAGGGGUGGACUUGGAUACUCAGACUUCAAAUAUCCUAGAGGCCACACACAAGGCCCUUAAUGCUUCCAGCCCAAGCUUAGCCCAAGACUGUUGGCUGUGUAUGACCCUAGGCACUCCAAUGCCCCUAGCUCUCCCUUCUAAUCUUACCCCACAAGACCUCAUAAGCUCCAAAAGCACAAAUUGUAGUGCUAGCCUCCCUCUUAGGGUCCAACCUGUAGCGUUCAAAAAUUUUUCUUGUGUGCAGGGGAGCGUCCAUAAUGAUAGCUUUACCAUUGAUGUUGGAUUUGUUACCUUCACCAGCUGCAAUCAAAUAUUUAACUACAGUAGCCCUAUCUGCCCAAAAAAGGGACAUGUGUUUAUAUGAAGAGGAAAUUUAGCCUUCACAUUUUUACCUGCCAACUGGACAGGGCUAUGCGUUAUGGCUACCUUGUUGCCUGACAUAGAUGUCAUAUCUGGAGAAGAGCCCGUGCCCAUUCCCAGCUUUGACUAUGCCACGGGCCGCACUAAAAGGGCAGUUCAGCUCAUCCCUUUGUUGGUGGGACUAAGAAUUACAGGGGCCCUGGGAACAGGUACAGCAGAAUUAGGGGUAGCAGUGCAUUCUUAUACUAAAUUAUCUAAUCAGCUGAUUGAUGAUGUACAAACAUUAUCCGGUACCAUCCAAGACAUCCAAGAUCAAAUAAAUUCUUUAACAGAAGUAGUCCUAGAGAAUAAAAGAGGUUUAGAUCUCUUAACAGCAGAACAGGGAGGGAUCUGCUUGGCUUUGCAGAAACGCUGCUGCUUCUACGCAAACAAGUCCGGUAUUGUUCGAGAUAAAAUAAGGAGACUUCAAGAAGAUCUUAGUAAGAGGAGAAGAGAGCUAUUUGAAAACCCCUUUUGGGGCACAUGGAAUGAAAUACUACCCUAUCUCCUCCCCCUAUUGGGAUCCUUGAUUGGACUAUUAAUACUUUUAUCAAUAGGACCCUGUCUUUUCAAUAGGCUAAUGACUUUCGUUAAACAACAACUGGAUGCCAUUAAGAUGCAGCCCAUACAGGUCCAUUACCACAGGCUUGAGAUGGCCAACAGAGAAAGUUGUGCUGACCUCGAAGGAGUACAUUAUGAUGAUGCCCAAUCCGGGUAAAGAGACUUUCUCACCUUGGUGCAAUGGACUAGAUAGCCAGAGACAAACAACUAAAAGCUCACACGCAUCACCGGCCGCCGCCCAAGACAGGAGCUGGGCCUUCUGCUGCCCUGCCUUCCUAUGAUGAAAAAGGUCUAGUUCAGUCCCGUGUAAAAGCAUCUUGACCCAAGACAGGCACAGUCCCCUCAAGGAAUGAU